AUGGAAAUAUCUCGUCCACCAUCAAGUCGACCGAUGUCCCGUCGUGGUCCAUCCACUGAAAUGUCAUCAGCAUCAAGUGGAAGAAUCGGAACUGCGUCGAAAUUGAGCGCGUUGUCUGGUUAUGGAACAAGAAUUGGAACAGCAAAAAAUAUUGGAAUACCCCAAAAGGGUCUUGUUGAUCGUCCGCUCACACAGCAAGGUUUGUCAGGCUUAUCAACGGCACAAGGAAGAUUGGGAACCGCUUCCGGCAUGCGGCAGGUUAAAGACAAACGAUAUUGGAUGGCGUUACUCCAAUCAAAAAUUCAAGAAAUCGCUCUUGAAACUGAGAAGCUCGAUAAAGAAAGAAAGAAUUUGGAACGAGAAACAUCUGCUAAGAAGUUGUAUGAAAAAAAAGUGAGGGAACAAGCGAAGGAAUUUUCAGUUCUUCAGUCGACACUUUCUGAUAUGAACUUAGCCUUGGAUAGUUCAUCAACAGGCGCAACACGACAGCAGUUACAAAAUGAAACUCUCGUUUAUCGUGAAAAGAAUGAAUUAAUGCAAAAUGAGUUGGAGCAUGUCUUCAAAGAACGACAAAAUAAAGAGUCACAAAAUCAACAACUUGAAUCUGCAAUUGCAAAUGAGAAGACAAAAAUGAAUGAAAUUAUUUAUUCAUUAAGUCUUGAUGAGCAAAAUCGAUAUCGUGAACAUCAAUUGUUGUGUGAAAAGUUGAAAGCUGAAAAUGCUGAAAUUCAUGAAAAGAUUGAAAGUUUUAUAAAGCAAAAAGAAAAGUUGAGCGCCGCUGUGAUUAACUCUCAAGCACGGUUAGAAGCUGUAAAAAUGCAUUCAAAAUUGCGUGAAACGACUGCAAAACGAAAUCAACUUAAGAAUGAAGAAACAAAUCGUUUGACACCAGCUCAGGAGCGAGAGAAAUUGAUCAACGAAGUCAGAACAAACAAUCAAGCAAUUACGAGCAUAAAUAAACAAUUAAAGAUUUUAUCUGAUCAAUUGCAAGAGAAGCGAAAUAAUCUUCAACAAGUUGAACAAGAUUUAGACGAAGGAUCAACUGAGAGACACAUCAAGUAUAAAGAAUUAAAGAAACGUGACGAAAUGAUGACAAACUUCAUGGAAACAUUUCAAAUUCAAAUGGCGAAAGAAAAACAAAAUGUUGAAUCAUUGAAGAAUCAAAUAACAUUUUUGAUUGAACAAAUAACUUUACAAGGAGUUAAUUCAAAAUUUUCUACUAGCAACAUACAAAUCAACUCAUCGGCUUUCAAUGAAAACAACGACUUGAACUCACACAGCGGGUUGUUGAAAGAAUACAGCAAGCUACAAGUACAGUUGAAGCAGCUCAAGAUUUUGGAAAAGCGAAUGAUGAAACAGUUGGAUGACUUGCGUCAAGAUGAAAAGAAUUUACUCGAAGACAUUCAGAAAUUUAAUAAUUUGAAUGUUUUACGCGAUGAAUAUGCGGUGAAGUAUGAAGAACUUUCGACAAAUUUACAAGAAUUGAAAGACAAGAAACGGGUGACAGAGAAUGUUGUUCAAGACUCUGAGCGACGCAAUCAAGCAAUUAAGGAGUCCUUGAGAAACAAUGAAACUUAUCGUCAAAUUCAACACAUGGAAGAGAAGCUUAAUGAUUUCAUAAAGGAUAACAAAUUGUUACAGCGAAUUGUUGACGAACUGAAUUCGGAAUGCGACUUCUCAACAGUUAAAAUUGAAGCUCAGAGGAAAGUCGACGAGUACAACAAACUUUUAUGUGCUGAUCUUCGAUCACAAAACACAUUUUGAAAAUGGAUAAUCUUAAAUGUUUCCAACUAAACUGUUUAACCACGUAAUUAUAUUUAGUACCAUCAACAGUAAACGAAUAAAUGUCAUCGGGGGUCUCAUAAAGUGCACCUCAAAUCUAUUCGUGUUGAAUCUCUAAAGAAGAAAUAAAAAUUAAGAGCGACAGUAGUUUCAAG